GGGCGCGGGCGUAGAGGGACCGAUGAGCGAGUUAUCUCACGUUAUCAUUGGGUAGUCGCUGACAUCCUUCCCGCGGUGAUAACGCGAUCGGCGCGGUGGCGAUCUCUUCCGUUCGUCAGCGGCAUGCCCGCGUCUUCCAGUCGUGCCCAGUGCUUUUCUUCCGCGCUCCGUUCCGUUCUCCCGAACCCCGUCCCCCUCGGGCUAUGGAUUUCAGCCCCGCCAUCGCCUUCGGGCUCCUCUCGCUCUUCCUCGUUGCCGAUGUCUCUCCAUCUAAUAACUGCAUAAAACUUGACAUCUUGGGCGGAACCGUCACCAUGAGACAAAUGGGUCGCAGAGCAAGAUUUUCAUGUAGGAAGCCUUAUCGUCUAUUCGGUCCAGCUUCGUCAACAUGUUUCAGAGGCCGAUGGUCCCCUGGGCCACCUAAAUGUGGAAUUGACUGCCCUAUAACCAGUGUAAAAAUGGUCAACCGCAGUAGGCUGUUUGUCUCAAGCUCAGUGUGUGAACGCGGCUACGAGGCUGUUCCAUUCAUAACAGCACAUUGUGAGGAUGAAACUGGACUGUCAAGCAAAUCUUAUCCGAUCUGCAUAGCUGAGGCCUGUGCUGAAACUUAUACAUUUUGUAAUUCUAAUGACUGUAAUGUAUUUGCCGCUAGGAACUUGAAUGAAUUGUAUGUUUCUUGCAAGCCUGGAUUUUCUCCACUUGGCCGUGAUAAAGUUGAUUGUGAUUCACAAUAUGGCCUCACUUUUGCUGGAUGCCGAGGUACACCCGUGCAAUUAUCUUGUGACUUUGAAUUAAUAUCGGAGCCCUACUGCGGAUGGGGCCGGCCAUCGGGAUCUGAUGAUGCUUUUUUGUGGUUUCGCAAGGGACGAGCACAAAGACGUGACCUUUUUGUUAGUCGCUCACUUUGGGAAACUUUACCCGCUACUGAUCAUACUUCAGAGGUAAAGGGAGGAGGUGGUAUGUCAGGUAGUUACUUGUACCUCCCUACAGCAUAUUUGAAGAUGGGUGACCGGGUUCGCCUCUUCUCCCCCGAGUAUGAUCUCAGAUCAAACGAAAGUCUCUCACACUGUUUUACUUUUUGGUAUCACAUGAAAAGCAGGUCAGUUGGGGAGCUAAACAUUUAUAUUAAUGACGAGCUACGGUGGACUAUAGCUGGUGAACAAGGCAGCGAUUGGAAUGAAGGAUUUGUUCCACUUCCUAAUGAUUUUGUUCAUAUUAUUGUCGAAGCUACUCGUGGCUAUGCAGCAGAUAGUUACAUUGCAAUCGAUGACUUUGCCAUUACCAACUCUCAACAAGCUGAAGAUCAUGAAUGUUUUGCACAAGACGCAGAGAAAAUCAAUGAAUCUGCUCCUACCACGCCAACAAAUGAGAUGCUAAACUCAGAUGAUGAUUCUGUAGAAACAACUGAUCCACCAGCUAAUGAACCAACACCCUCCGUACCUUUUAACAACACUGCGUCUCAAAAGAUGUCAUCCAAAGAAGUUACCACUAAUAGUUUCUCUCAAGAUACUACAAUCCCUGCAAAUGUUUCUGUAGAAACGAUGUCCUCUUCAAGUCCCCCAACUCCCACCUUUGGUACCUCUGGUCUUCCGCAAGGACUCUUUUCAAGACCGUCUCAUGAAGUCUCUAUUACCCUGAACACUACCAUCAAAGAGCAUUCAGUUGUCCAGACCAGCCCAAAAAAAAAUAUUAAUAUCUCCUCAGGUACCUCUCUAGAAACCUUUUCAAGCUCACAUCAUGAGAUCAAUGUAUUUUCGACUGCUGCUCAUGAUGUUUCGCAUGUUCCAGGCUGGCCGCAAGAGACAUCCAUCUCCUCAGAGACACCAAAAAUUACUUUGCCUCUAGUUGAGACGGUAACCUCACAAAGUUCUCUUGACUCAGUCUCAAUAAAAAUGGGGGAGUUCAAACCUCCUGAUCAUUCAAACACAAUCACAGAACCUUCUCUAGUCAAGAACUUAUCUUUGCUGACUGACAGCCCUGCAAAGCAAACCCUUUCUGAAAUGCUGACCGUGUCAACAAGCACGCUCACUUCUACCUUUCAAACUGCGGUCAGUGCUCAAUAUGAACUUGCAGACAAUAAGUCUGCUGUGGUGCAAAAAGCUGUAACCAUUUCUCAUGCAGAAAUUUCAACAUCUCCUCAGCCAAAACAAAGCCUCAGCCCAGAGGAGUCAUUAAAAACUUCUAUUGACUAUAAAAAUGAGAUAAUGCCAACCAAGUUGUUACCAGACACACUUGAAGGCGUACACUUCAAUGCUCACAAUAUCGAUAGAAGUAAAUGGGCAAUAACUAGUUCGAAUAUUUUACCAGUAACGGAAAGAGGAUUGGCGUCUGGUUUUUAUCCAAAGGACAGUGCAAAAACAAGUGAAAAUGAGUCAAUCAGAGGAAACAGUAUCGAAGGCUCAGAGACUGUCAGUGACACCCACUCGCUGUUUGAUGAUGCGCUGGAUCCAGAUUCUGUAGAUGAUACCCACUACUCAGACGUAGUCAAACUCUCUAGCCCAGAUAUGCAUAAUGGUGACAAAUUAUUUGUCUCAAAACCCCCUUCAAUAGGGACCAUUCAUGUUAACUUUCCCAAUGAUCUCACAAACGGAAUGGAUGAAGGUGAUAAUAGUCCAGCUAAAAGUGACUGCAGCUCAAUAAAUUGUGUCAGGCACGAUUUAAAUGAUGAAAUUUCCAAAAUUUCAGAAAGUCCAAUUUCUAAAGCUACAAAAAAUAAUGCGUUAUACAAAGAGAAUCAUGAGGGGCUUAAACCAGAAGUUUCAGCAGAAGGAUCAGGAGCAGAUAACUCUCUUAUCAAAGGCUCUCAGUUAACUACGACAAAAAUAAAUUCGAAGAUGCACUACUUCAUUGUAGCAGCGACAGGUAUUGUAUUGACUCUGAUGAUAAUUGCAGUUGUUUUUGUGUUCCGUAUUGCUAAGAAGCGCAUGAAAAGACGGCAACAAUCAGGUAUUCUGGACGAUGACUUUAGUAUCAAUUUGCAAUUAGCUAAUUCUAAAGAAAUUCUAAACUUUUCUUUGCUUCAACCGGAUCAGCUAUGAAUCAUUCGUCUGUACAUAGCAAUGAUCUGAUUUUUAACUGAUUAAUGAACUUAAAUUGAUGAUCCAGUCGGUUGACUGAUUUUGAAUUUUCACGAGGCUUUGUCAUUAAUAUACUUUGCCUAUAUAAGUUCUUUGAGGUGCCAAGUCUGGAUUUUUAGAAUCUAUCAGUGCUAAAAUAGAAAGAAGAUAGAAUUAGGAGUCCUGAAAAAUCAUGACAAUUGAAAUUUUAAUUAUAGGCUUGACUCGAACCAAAGGACUAUGAAUAUGACUUCUUUCCUUCUGAAUAAAUGAGAUCUACAUCUAAAAACCAGGUACAGAAAAAAGUGCAAUGGUUUGAUUGCGCAAUUUUUCCUUUUCAUCGCCAGUCUUUAUAAUUUUGUCCGUCAAGCCUUUAUAAUGACCUCAUUACCAUUCUUAUGGAGGAAAGAGGUUUACUUAUGUUUGCUCAGGGAAUGUUAACAAAAAAUAUGCAGACAGGAAUGCAAAAAAUGCUACAUCAGUACUUACCUCUGCGUUUCAAAUUUAUGACCAAAUAGAUUACGGCGUAGAAAUAGUGAUUGUUGACUCCAUCCAAAAUAAGCCUGCAGACAAGGAAUAAAAUAAGAAUUAAAACGUUCCUUUAACUGCAUGUUUUCUCCCCAUUUCAUGCAGGAAAUCUACUUUAAAUGUCCGAUUACCAUAUCUGAAUGGAGAUUUGCACUUUUUCACUGAACGCUGAUCCAAUGGGGAAGGCAAAUGACAUAAUGCAAUGGUUUUCUUUUAAAUAAUUUUAGUUGUGAAUAAACAAGAAAAAAACAUUAUUAACAAUAUACCUUGCUUAUGAGUCAGUUUCUGGACUUUUUUUGUGAAAAAGCCAUUGGAUCUAUUGUAUUUGCUCGCAGAUUACUGAACUUAGUUAUCAGCGAGAAUUUUAUCACUAAUUCUAUUUUUCGUUAAAAAUCUUGCCAAACUUUUUAGAGGUGCCUAUUUUGCGGCCUUUUUUGAUUAAAUCAAUAGUUCUGCUUGUUUGAAGACAAUAUGCAAUAGUCUAGUCAUCAUACUUAUUGUUCCCAAAUGAGACUCAUUUUCCGUAAGAUUUUAUUUCCCCUUUUAUAUUAUUAUUAUUAUUUUCCUCAUUUGUUUACUUUGCACAUGAUGUUUUCCAAUUGUGAAUAAAUUUUUACACUUUUUUUAUCAUUACUUUUUUUUUAAAAAAAUAAAGAAUCAUGAAACAAAACUUGGUAUAAUUCUAAUUGAAGGUGAAAUCAUGGU